UAUGAUAUUCAAACAUCUGUAAAUACAACUGAGUGGCAUUGCAACCCAAAUGCAUUACUGGUAUUCAUAGGAAUGCGAAAUUCGGAAAAAAGAUAUGCAUAAUACUGAGUAAUUGUAACAAGAUAUAUGUAUUUACCUAUAUAUAUAUAUAUAUAUGUGUAUAUAAAUGAAUAUAUAUAAGCACGAGAGAUAAGAGAUAUGCAAAUAAAAUAAUGCGUAUUAAAAUCGCACUGAGAUGACCACUUAUUUUCAAACCAAUAGAACUACUUUAAUAUACAAAAGACACAGUGAGAUUGACAGUAUCUAAAAUUCCAUUCAGUCCCAAUCGAUAGACUCCGUUUUCGAAGGAAGUAUAUUGCAAAACUAUGGGAGAAGAGAAUAGCAUCGCAAAAUAUACCACAUAUAUAUUGUUAAUAUGUUUUAUGCAGCAAAUAAAUGGAUUAUCUCUGGCAUCAACAGCUAGAACCUUCAUUCUGGAUGGUCUCACAACCGAGUAUGCAACCGAAGUUAUUCUCAAAACACCAGGAAAUUCCAAAACGUACUCACAUGUUACGAAAAAGAGUUCAAGAGUACUUUACGGUACGGCGGCCCCUUUGGAUUCCCAUAUCUUCUCAGAUGGGCACACUUUCGCCAACUACAUUAAUCCAGAGAGAAUUUUUUACUCUAAUAAAUCAACACCAAUUGACCCAAAGUUAAAUUCACAAGAAAAGUUAUCCGAUUUUCGUACGGCUUCAAAAACUAAGAAAAAUAGUUGUACUACACAUGCAAACUGUACUACAAAUGCUGCUUCCAACUUUGCAUUUCAUCGUAAUCUGUCUACAGUAAUAUAUUAUGGAUUCGCCGAUUUUACUACAAUGGUAGGGGAGAGCGUAAUUAUUUUUUCUCCCAGUGAGAUGAAUCCGUUGUUCGAAACAAAUAUGCCUAACAUGAGCGGCGAUUCAGAAUCAGUGCAAAUAACUGAGAAAGUGGAAAAUGAUUUACCAACGUCAGCAGUUUUAGACGCAAGUGCUAUGGUACCCGAUAACGAAAAGCGAAACACACAAGUGUGGAAAGACCUGGAGUCUGUCGGUCCUCAUCCUGAAUUUACUCCGAUAACGGAUAACCAUUUUCAAAACGACAUAAUUAUUGAUUCGCGAACAAAUGAACAACAGCAAGACAAUAUGAUUCAAAGCUUAAUAAGCCCAUCAAAAGUGUCUAGUAAUGGAGAACUCUCUGAAGAAUUGCAAGGUAAAUUGCAAUCCUCAAAAAUAUUACAUACUGACAUAGGUUCAACCACAAAGCAGGACACUUCCUUGAAUGGAUUUGAUGGUUUGAUAGACUUGAAACAAAAUUCCAGUUCUACUAUUGAAUCAGAUGAAAGCUUUCUAACGACAAAAUCAUCGCAUAUGACUUCGGCUAAAUUCUCAGAGUUUCAAUCGGAGUUGCACGUUGCUGGUCAAAACAAGUCAAAUCUGGAUAUAAUAGUAUAUAAAGAAGACCAAGGCAAUUUGGACAAUAAACAAAUCGUAAAUAUAAUGGACGAUAAUGCGAUCAACCCGCACACACCUUUGGUAUACGUCGACGAAAGUGGCACUUUGGAGUCUAGCGCAGACUCGGAAGUAAUUUAUAAAACAUUCUAUACUGUUUACACGUAUUUCACAACUUUGUUCCAAAGCCAAACAUCCAUCCUCCUGAGUCAAACUGAUGUUUUAUCGUCUGUAGUUAUUUCCGCCAAGAACUUGUCACCAUCCUAUUCUGGGCUUGUUGUGCCAACUACUCAAAACAAAUAUCCAGAUGAAUUUCUACAAACAUUCAGGUUAGACGUGAAGGCAUAUGAAAUUGAUAAUAUCGGAGACAACGUGCUACAAUGUAGCAGUUGUUAUCAGCUUUUUAAUUCCACGAAUAAGGCUGACGAUGAAGAUCUAACACGGUUAUUUACAACGUAUACGUUUUACACGACCAUUUACUCUGGAUCCGAUUCUACAGUGGUUGCACAUAGUGCAGUUUUCGCAGAGAGUGUAAAUAGCACCAAGCCUUAUGACAUGAUCGCAUACAGUCAAGAUAUAAUUAUCGAAACACUGCCUAAAGCAUCAAAUGUUUCGACUGUCGCCCAAUUAAGCGACAUUAAGCAGAAUGAAGAAAGUUCCACAAUGCCUGCAAUGGUUCUACCUGUCCCUGAUGCCGUGCAAUUAUCAAAUAUUCCCAUCCACAAACCUGAAAAAGUUGAUUUGUUAAACGAGAUUACUUCCGAUUCCGAAAUCAGCACUCCUUCUGCCACGUUACUUGUUCAAACUGGCUUUACAACUCAGACGUUUUUCACUACGGUUUACUCGGGCGAAAAAUCUGACGUUUUUAGCCAUCUUGAAACAGUCACCACAACGAUGACAGAAACGUAUGGAAACCCUGUGGAAACCGACCAAAUAUCGAAUGCACAAUCGCCUAUUACGUACUAUACUACAUUCACAUUUUGGACAAAGCUGGCGGUAAAAGGGCAAAUUACUACAAUAAGUCGUGAAGAAAUAACGUCUAAUAUUUUUACCCCCAACACAAUAUUAAGCCAAAUUGAUGGCGGGAGUACGAUAAUGCCAACGGACAACAGCAUAUCUCUCGGUCGACAAGAUGAUCCAAGCAAUAGUUUAAUAGAGUAUACUAAGUAUAGUACUAUCGACAACUUCACCGAUACUAACCAUAGAAGGAGGAGAAGAAGUACGAACUCUAAAAGUAGGUUUAGAAGACCACGACCUCUUCCCGAAACUCGUGAAGAGCCGCGACGAGUUGAGGAAACUACCAAGGCCCCACCACCUCAAACGGGCAAUUUUAGAACAAGAACAAAAAAGCCUGAGGCUGCAGCAAACAAUUCAAAUGGUUCAAAUAAGAGAGUCAUAAGGCCUUCACAUGUUUCAGCUAAUGCCAGUUCUAGAUCUAAAUUUACUUUACGCGAAAAAGAAUUCCCUGCAACCACAGAGAGAAGUGUCACUACAGCAAAACGACCGCCCUUCCGCAAACCUCAAGCUAGUAGUGGAAUAAAAAGCAAAAGACCCUCUUCUACACCGUCUUCGCAGCUGCUAUCCGGAAAACGAAGAUUAAAUAACCACGCAAAUAAUAAUGAGGCUACAUCUUCUAGAAAUAUGAUCCCUCACAGAAGUAGAUCUUCCCCAGCAGGACGUUCUCGUGGCGGCACAUUUAGAGAGACUGAAGUCCGAAACCGAAAUCGCAAUACACAUGAAAGUAGUAAUGAUGUAAUGGAAUUAGAUAGAAGUGGAUAUAUAACCGCUACUCACGUAAUACCGGGGGAAACAUACCUACCUAUAAUUAAUGGUAAGUCAACGGAAUUAAAACUUAUUGUGACUGCAAGAACCAGUACAGAGGUCUUGGGACCCCAACAGUAUACAAAGACCCUCGGCACCAAUGGUCAGACUACAUUGGCUCUAACCACUGAGAGCUCGUCAAUCAAUUCAAAUGGGGCCACUGAAGUUAUACAUUACAUACUGCGUGAAAUUCCCACUACGACCAUAACAUUCACACCUACGAGCAUAAGAGGAAGAAAAACUUCAUUUUCUUUAGUGUUACCAUCAACCGCCUACUCUGUUGACCAAGUAGUAUCCACAAUUCAACCUCAACUGCAGGCAGAUACUCCACUAGCCAAUAUACUGCUUUCACAAUUACUAUUGGGUAAUGCAGGAUUUCCCAGCAACCUCCUGUAUGGUCUGGUCAGCCCAACUUCUUCCCAGACCACAGUUGAAUACGUCACACGAACUUCCACCUACGUAACAACCCUUUUCGAGGGGAAAUCGACUGUAUUACCAAUAACAUUUCAAGGAAAGAAAAUCCUGACAACAAUUUAUGAUACCACAGCCGAGACAAUUACUGCCACUGAGUUUAUUACAGACACCAUUGUGUCUACUCCUUCUGCCCAAUCGCAGCUUCCAAUGGUAAAUAGUUUAUUGCUGCAACAGCUGUUAUUCCAACACAUAAAUGAGCCAACUAAGCCGGAGAACAAUAUCAAUAUAAAUGAUGCUCACAUUCCACAACAAUUAAUAAACGAACAGUUUGGCUCCAAUUCGAUUCGUGAUGAUGCAACAGAAUCAAAUGGAGUUAUAAAUUCAGAUGUCAUUAUUGACACUUCCCCCGAGAAAACAAAGCCCCGAAGGGCUGGCAAGAAACACAAACGAAAGCACAAAGAAGGGCCGCCUGCAGAUGAUAUGAGCGUCAUUACUUUAUAUGUCUCGGGUAAACGACCCGGCGAGUUCAGUACGAUCUUGUCCACCUUACAACCAGAGCAUUCCCAACACAAGAGAUCUUUACACACAACAUUUGAAACGAGCAUAGACUUCGAUACAGCAGACCAUACCAUUUUCGACUUUGAAAAUGCUAAUAUGCAGGUGAAGGAAGCUACACAGUCACUGACAAGUAUAGUUGGGGACGUUAAUAAAUGGUACGUGGAGCAGGAAUCUGCGUUUUCCGUCCCUCUAAUGCCGACAUUUUCUGCCGAUUUUAGUUAAUGAUCUAAUUGUUGAAACUUCCUUAUUGUCCGUUUCGCGAGGAAUGGAGCAACUUAAUCAAAGCAACUAUUAGCUACAUUAGUAUAAGCAUUAGUAUUGAGCCACAAAAGUCAGUGUAGCCAGGUACACUAAAAAUGGUAGUGCAACCUGCAAAACAACUGAAAUUUUAACCGUAUUCUUGCUGUCACUUUCAUCUAUUUGUUAGUCAAUAUCCUGUAUAAUUCUAAUUUAAACUUUAAGAAAGCUCCUUUCAAUAAAAAAAAAAAAUACUAAAAAGUUGUCGCAAUUGGAGCAAAAUGUUUGAACAUGUAAAUACUUUUCUGAGAACAUAACACUACCUCAUUUAGUGUGCCCUUAAAUUAGCAGUCAGGUUGUUGCAUUUUAUUUGAAUAGUUUGUAAGCGAGUACCAUUCGCUGAGUGUAUUUAGUCCACGUUUGUAAAGUUCAUUCAAUGAUCAGGAACACAAACAAAAUUCAAAUAUAUAUAUAUAUAAGUAUAAAUUGCAAGUUUUGUUAAUAAAAAUGUUUUUAUAUUUUGUUAAA